AAUCGAGACGGCAUACACAGAGGAGUGGGAUAGGUCGAGUUAUCGUUCUGUGAAUUAUUGGGAUAUAAUCUCAGUUUAAUAAAAAUAUAUCUGUACAAGCAUAUAUAUAUAUAUAAAUAUAUAUAUUUCAGUUGGACGAGUAUUCAAAGGAGGCUACUUUAGAGUUAAUCUUCUCAAAACAAGCCUCUUGAAAUAUAUCGACCUCUGCUGAAUUCUGCCUUCUUUUCUACUCGACCUUUUUGGAUGUAAAUAACGAUCUGUUAUUUUAAACGUCGGACUGAAUUGUGAUUGAAGAUCAAAAAUAAACCACGUCGGGAGAUUAUCGUCUGGGAAGAGGGACCACCCGGAUAAAGCUCGGGGAAAAGGCACAUCACUGGCAGGAGGCAGGCGGAACGUACACACUGCCGGCCGGCUACAACAAAAAAACAACCAAACACAAAAUUAGAAGUGUUUCACUAAAAUCGUCUGACCAUGACGAUAACGGAGAUGAACAGAUUUAACAUCACUCCUGAUGAUGACACCAGCAGCACCAACAGUAAUGACUAUCCUCCCAGUAAAAAGAUACCCAUCAAUAGUCAAUAUGCCGAUAAUGAUGCAGAAAGUCAGAAUUUUCUGCCAAAUUUAUACUAUGGGAAAAAGAAAUUUGAAGAAGAAUAUAGGACGGGAAAUACCUCAUUUGGAAUUUCUGCAUUUAACCUCAGCAAUGCUAUUAUGGGCAGUGGGAUUCUUGGACUGGCAUAUGCCAUGGCUAACACUGGAAUCGUACUUUUUGUGAUCCUUUUGAGUGCUGUAUCAAUCUUUUCACUGUAUUCUAUACAUCUCUUAUUGAAGACUGCAAAAGAAGGAGGGUCACUGGUGUACGAACAACUUGGACUGAGAGCAUUUGGGUUGCCUGGUAAAUUGGCAGCAUCAUUUUCAAUCACAAUGCAGAAUUUUGGAGCUACAUCAAGCUACCUUUACAUAGUGAAAUAUGAGCUACCAAUUGUUAUUCAAGCUUUCCUGGGACUUGAGGAAAAGACUGGACAAUGGUAUCUGAAUGGUGACUACUUGGUCCUUUUGGUGUCUUUUUUCAUAAUUCUUCCUUUAUCCCUGCUGAAGAAUUUAGGUUACUUAGGCUAUACCAGCGGGCUGUCUCUUCUCUGUAUGCUUUUCUUCCUAAUAGUUGUAAUUAUUAAGCACUCUCAGAUCCCUUGUCCAUUGCCACUUCUGGACCAGGAGCUAGGGAAUGCAACACUGAAUUUGACCAUAAUGAUGACUGCAACGUCUGCAUAUGAAGCAGUUGCCAGCGUAUCAGAGCCCAGUUUAGUGCACAAUGUAACAGAUGAAAACAUCUGUAAACCACAGUACUUUGUCUUCAAUUCACAGACCGUUUAUGCCGUACCAAUUCUGACAUUUGCAUUUGUGUGUCAUCCAGCUGUACUUCCCAUCUAUGAAGAACUCAAAGACCGAUCGCGCAAGAAAAUGCAGAGAGUUUCCAAUGUUUCAUUCUUUUUUAUAUUUAUUAUGUACCUGUUGGCUGCUCUUUUUGGUUACCUGACCUUCCUUGGGGAAGUUGAGCCAGAGUUACUUCACACAUACUCAAAAGUGUACCGAUUUGAUAUUAUCCUCCUUAUUGUUCGUCUGGCAGUACUUAUAGCUGUUACGCUGACAGUUCCAGUUGUUCUUUUUCCAAUUCGUACCUCUGUUCAGCAGCUGCUUUUCCCCAGCAAAGAAUUUAACUGGAUACGUCACAUUAUAAUUACUUUUGUGAUUCUGGGCUGCAUUAACUGCCUGGUCAUCUUUGUUCCUACCAUCCGAGAUAUCUUUGGGUUCAUAGGUUCCUCCGCCGCUGCUAUGUUAAUCUUUAUCCUGCCUUCUGCAUUUUACCUCAGACUUGUAAAGAAAGAGCCAAUGAAAUCAAUGCAGAAAAUUGGGGCAUUAAUUUUCCUGAUCAGCGGCAUCUUUGUUAUGUUUGGAAGCAUGACGCUUAUCGUUCUCGACUGGACCCACAAUGCAUCAACGAAUGAUGGCCACUAAACUGCUACUGAAGUAAACCACAUACUCAGCUGAACAGAAAUGACCAUUCUUCUGAAGAACACUAUUUAUUUUCCCCGGCUUCAAAUUUCUAAGAACUUGGAAAGGCAUUCAUGUUUGCUGUCUUCCUAGAAGUUAGGAAUAGUUGUCCAAAAGAUUAAACUAUUUAUAUUGUAAUCGAUUAUUGAGUAAUGUUGGUCCGUGCAGUAAUAAUACCAUUCCUAGAGAAUGGACUAAUGGGUGUACAGUAUGUAUUUAUAAGGCCACUUAUGUGGUGGAACAAAAUGUUAUAAACCCUUAGAAAAUUGACUCUUGUAGAUACUGAAUCUAAAUUCCUAGGGUGUGGCCAUAUAUUUUACUGUAUAUUAAUAGAUUUAACAAAUAGCAUGUCAAUAUUCAGUAUUUUUUGACCUUUUUUUUAAACAGAACUCUGUUGUGGAUACAGACUUGAUUAUUUAAUUUCAAGAGAGCAAUCUGAAUUUUUAGUUGAGAGUUGUGUAAAAUCCUGUUCAAAAUAUAAUGUUGAUAAAGAUAACACAUUGUCAGAUGAGACAGGGUGGAACGUUUCUACUCUAAAGUAGCCCAGUUUACCUUACAAAAGAAUAGUGUAGGUAAGCAUCAGAGUCAGCAUGGAUGAGGUAGGCCAAAAGGGCCCUUUUCUGAGCUGUAUGAUUCUAUUCCAUAUUAUUUAUUUUGCCUUAACUUUGAAAUUUUGAAAAUAUUCAAUAUAUUCUGGAUAAAAGGACUUUGGAUAAAGAAAAUGACAUCCAGUGGGAUAAAGAAAUCAUGCAGAACAGAGGUCAGUUCUUGGCUGGAGUUUGUGUGUCUCAGUAAAAGCAUCAGUUGAGAUUUGCAGUUGUCCUUCACAUCCCUAGAACAGUGGAACCAGUCAACUACAGGUUUGGUCUCCUUUUAUCUGGAGUGUUGGAUGAAUGAAGGAUGAGAUUCAGCCCUGAUAUACCUUAUUCCAAAACUGUUGAAAGAAAAGGUGAUAUUGGGCAGAUUUCAGUGUGGAUUUGACACUAGUCUAAUUGUAAAGUACCUCUGGCACAAGGGGAACAAAGGGUGACAAAAAAAAGCAUCUUCACCAGCUCCGCAGCUUUAAGGGUUAUUACCUGUUUGCUGAGAAUGUCUCCGAUUGUUGUCAAGGGAAGGUGUAAAAUGAUUGGAGGACAGGGCGGUUACACAAGUAGAGGCACUAGCUCACAGUACCAGAGACUCAGCUUCAAUCCUGACCCCGGGUGCUGUCUGUGUGGAGUUUGCACAUUCUCCCUGUGACCAUGUGGAUUUACUCCAAGCGCUCCAGUUGUCUCCCACAUCCCAAGGACAUGCAGGUUGGUGGGUUAGUUAGUCAUUGUAAAUUGUCACUAAUGUGUUGGUGAGAGGUAGAAUCAGGGAGGAAAAUGAAAAUGGGAUUAAUAUUGGAUUAGUGUAAAUGGGUGGUUAAUGGUCAGCACAGAGUCAGUGGGUCAAAGGGCCUGCUUCCAUGCUGUAUCUCUCUCUUAUUGUAACAUAGCGUAAUUGGCUGAUCACAGGUAUUUGGAGAUUUAGGAAACUUCACACUAAACUUGCAACUGCGUCUUGUCAAAGAAUUUAGCAUGUUUAAAGCAUUUCUUUGAAACUGGGUUUUCUUGUAUAAUAAUGCUGUUUUUAGUGAUGUAUAAUAAUUGAGAAUAUUGCAUCGGAAACCAUUUCAUAGAUAAUGAGCCGAUUGAAGUAGAUUUUACAAUUUUUGGGAUGUUUUGUACCAUGUGUUGAUUACAGUUAUGGCAUUUGUUCACAUCUGCCAGCUGUUCCACUUCUUGAAGCCUAAUCUGUGAAUGUGCAGUGUAAACAGGAGAGCAGUGUCUAUUUUGUUUUUGCAGAGCCAUUUUCUUUUCUGCUAGUAAACAUCAAUAGUACACUUUGUAGUGGCUGCAUUGAACUCUUCACAAAGUGCACUCAUGAUGAUUCAUGAGCAGAAAACAAAACACCAUUACAUUGUCCCUUCUGUAUCACAUGUCUGAAGCCAAGCAGCAGUUGUUGGGAGCUGAAUUUGUGUGAUUGUAAUGAACAAUAUGGUACUUAGAACUAACACUAAAAAAACCAACUAAACUACUUCCUUUGUGUCCCUUUGCCAUCUGUUGCCACUACAGAGAAUUGCUGUAGUUUUCAAUGCUGUUGUCAGUUAUCUAAGUGACAACAAGUAGUGGAAUAUGACAAUAACAGAAUUGAGAAAAGGAGAUCUGAAAGGAAAAUAUGACAUUGCUUUAAAAGUAGUGUGCAUUCAGUAUUUACCUACCAAAUUUUACUGAUGUUCUGCCUCCUGGAAUUAAAGUGUUAUUUUCUGCUGUUCCCACUUGGUUACUUGAAAGAAAACUUAUAUAUUGUGCUUCCUACGACAGUUCAACCUGCUGCAAAAUGUUUUGUUUUAAUUUGCUCUUUGUCAUGGAAUAUUUAUAACCUGGAGGAAAUCAGUAUAAUUUAACAUAUUUAUGAUGUAAAUAAAUGUACAUAAUCUUGGAUUAAUUGUAAAUACAUUGUCAAUAUUUAAGAGGUAUUAUUGUUCCUUUAAGUCCUUCUGAGACAAUUGCUGGACUUUCUUCAAAGUCAGAGUUAAAAGCUGCAACAAUGGCUGUUUGAAGAAUUUCCACUGACUACUGGUAGUAAGAACUCUGUUUCAGUGCUUUGUGUUUACUUUGUCCAAUAUAACUUGUGUAACACAAUAUCAAGUGCUAAAACAGUGUGGCAUUGCCAAACCAGUAAAUGAACUGGCACAAUAUAAUUAUUUGUACUGAGUGACUGAACAUUCAUCAGUUCUGGAUUACUGGUUGUUGCUGUCAAACAGAACCUCAGUUGUUCAACCUUGAAACCAUAUCUAAUUUGAUGCAAAUUUUGUUAAUUAUUAAAAAUCAAUAAUAUUUUAAGAGUUCACUACUAGAGAAAGCUUGAAUCAUUGCUGGUUGUAAAAUUGCAAAACAAUUAUAAUUUUUAAUUCGCUUUUUCGUAACAUUUUUACAAAGAAUUAUGAUAAACUGUGACUUACAACUGAAGUUCAUGUUUCAAAAACAAUCACCAGAGCUUUAAAAAAAGCUUGUGCAUUGAUACUACUUGUAUAAUUCACUCUAAAUAUUUGUACCAGUGAAAGCAUGCAGUACAGGAAGCUUAUAAAGCAUGACUGCAGCCUUUAGCAUAUCCUUUUAAUUAAUGUGGGUAGAAUGCCUUCAUGUUUCAUGUAUUUUCUGAUACUAUUAAAAAGGCUUUCCCUGACAUUAUGUAAAAGUUAUCAUGUAUGUAUAUUUCUAUACCGUUAACUGUGAAAGGCUGACAAGUUGGAUGGAGAGAUUUUGGUUGUUAGCAAAGAGAGUGCAUUAUUAGCAAUGCUACACUCUUGUUUCAAUGAAACAUUCAUUGUAUUGUACAUAUUGUAAAUAAAGUUAUACUCUUAAAACAGUU